AUGACAGAGCGGGACGCUCUACGUGAGAGGUAUCUCACUCCUCAGAUUACCACCAAGCAGGUGUAUCUAGCGCGCCUAAAUGAUCAAGCACGUAAUGCUUCUGUACCCGCCAUGAGAACAGUCCCGGUAGUCUUACUCCCAGGCGAGUCUGAACAGGACGAUGAUGACGAAUUCGUUCGUUGGGUCCAUCAUCGCCAAUAUGGCAACAUGAACACUAUUCGGGCAAGCGGUGACGAACAUCACGUUCGCCUCGAGCGAACAUUGCGCUUUGAUUUCGCAAAGCUAAAGGCCAGAGGCCAGCUACGCUCGGCGUAUCGAUACCGACAACCGCCUCGAACGCAGACCGCAAUGCACUCUAGUUCUCCGGCUGCAGCAGCGUCGGGUCACCACCAUAGCAUGACCGCAGCAGACCCAACUGCUUUUAUACCUACUGGUAGAAAUCGACUCAGGUCGCAGGAUGACCAUGCACGCAGUCUUCAAAAACGUCAGAGGUGUAUAGGCAGUAAUGACGGUGGAGGAUCCGGUACCUCGACGAGAUUUCAUGGUGAGGGAGCCCCCGCCACUUCACCACAGACUAAUCGUGCCAAUGUCGACGACGUCGCUUCUGAAGGUGUUCCACGUGGCAGUAGAAGCAUCCUCGCUCAGCGCGCAGGGCGAGUUGACGCCAAUAUAUUGGCGGAAGCCAAUGACGGGCUCCGUCAAAUAGUAGACAACCUGAUGCACGAGGUACAACAUCUCCGUGCUACCCUUGUGGAGUCUCGAACUACAACAUGUCUGCAUUCAACUGCCCUAGCACAGCUCCGUGACCAAGUGGACCGCUUUGGAUCUCCAGGCUUGAUUGAAAAUCGUCUUCGGGCUCUCGAUCAGGGCCAAUCCCGACUGGAAGGUCAGCUGGACGUGUUGCUGAGGGUGCAACAUCUAUCCGUGGGACAGUUACCGUCGCAUUGGUCGACUCCAGAGCCUUGA